GGAAAAAUACAGAAUUCAAAAAAUUAAGGAAUCUCACGAAUCUGAAUUCAGAAAAAUAGAAAAAAAGUGAAUAAUACGAAGAAUAUAGACUCUCAUUAAUCUGAAUUUAACCAAGCUAGAAAAACGAAAGGAUGUGAAAUUCCGUUUUUGAAGAAGAAGCAACUUUGCGCAAAAGGAGUUUUUGUAAUUUCGUUAUCAAAUAAGUACUUAAAUUUAGUUGGCGUUUUCAGUUAUAAAAAAGUCGUCAUUUAGCCACAAGUGUCACAUUUUGACACGUCUAGUGAACCAAAGACAGUCAAUUUGCAACUUGUUACAUAAAUAGCUAUUUAUCAGCAAAAAUUCAAAAGAAGCUUAAACUAUAUGUUCACUUAACAUUCAAUUAGUUAGCGUUAGCAAAACUAGUAUAAAGAUAGUGUACCGCAUUCUUCAUGUCACUGAUAAUGGAUAAUGUGAUAUAUAUAAUAUCCGUGCUUGGUAAAAAAUUAAUGUCAACAUGAAGAUACUGGGCAUAAUUGUACUACUGUCCGCCGGUGGAAGAACCCAAAAGUUCGAGUACUACGAAAACUUGAUAGACGAAAAUAUUCGGGAAGCCUAUCACUAUGAUGUUCCGCAGAGUGCAGACGAUUAUAGGCCGCAAAAUGCAGGGGAGGCUAAAUGCAAUGGCACUUUUGACUUCAUUGUCAUAGGAUCGGGAUCGGCGGGCGCGGUAAUCGCGAAUAGGCUUUCGGAGGUACCAGAGUGGCAGGUACUUUUACUGGAGGCAGGAGGCGAGGAAGAUCAUUUUACGGACAUUCCCGGUUAUCACUUAUACCUGCAAAGGCUCCCUGUCACUUUUAAUUAUAACACCACGGCUCAAAGGGGAGCAUGUUUAGGUAUGAUCAACAGGAGCUGCGCGUUUCCCAGGGGCAGAGUGUUGGGGGGUACGAGUACCGUAAACGGCUUGGUGUACAGCAGAGGCAACAAGCUUGACUACGACGGGUGGGGAGUUGACGGUUGGAGGUACGAAGACGUCCUUCCGUACUUCAUCAAAUCGGAAAAUUCGCACGUCCACGGAGAUCCCGGAUACCAUGGAAAGGGCGGUUACUGGAACGUGGAGUACCACCACCCCGUCAGCAAACAACUCAACGCGUUUUUAAACGCAAAUGUCGAACUUUACAAUUUCACCUCGACCGACUAUAACGGGAAAGAACAGCUGGGCAUGUUUCACUCGCAAUUAAGUAACAUAAAGGGACGAAGAGACAGUACGGCCAAAGCAUUCCUGCGACCUGCCUCAUCCAGACGCAACUUACACAUAUGGACUCGCAGCUACGUCACAAAACUUCUAAUUGACCCCCUCACCAAAGUCGCACACGGCGUGGAAUACGCGAGAAACAAGGGGCUAUACACCGUACGUGCGAGACGAGAGGUGGUACUGUCAGCAGGGCCCAUCAGUUCCCCGCAAAUACUGAUGCUGUCGGGCGUCGGCCCGCGCGAUGAGCUAACCAAGCACAACAUCACCCUACUUCAAGAACUAGACGUUGGGCGUCGCUUUCAGGAUCACGUCGGAUUUUUCGGUCUGUACAUAAACACGAACGUCAGCGAGCCGGUGCAAACCUUACGAGAGAAUUUGGAGCAGUACUUCCGCGGGCGCGGGCCCUUGGCCAUCGCGUUAAACAGCCAAGGGGUGGGUUUCUAUCAGAGUCCCUUCGAGAACCGCCCCGGCUUUCCCGACAUUGAGUUCGAGUUUCAGCCGUCGAACAGCACCAGUCCCUUCUUGCAGACGAGCUUGCAGAUAACCGAUGAAACCUACAACGCGCUGUGGCCGAGGGUUGACUCGGAACGGGCCUUCAAUGUGUAUUUAAUUGUGCUUCAUCCAAGAUCAGUGGGAUAUUUAAGGUUAAGAUCACCGGAUCCCUACGAGUUUCCCGAGUUCGAUCCAAGGUAUUUGACCGAUCCGGAAGGAAGAGAUAUCGAGACCAUGUAUCAGGCAUUGCUAAUUAUGGAAAAGUUGCUCGCAACUAAAGCGAUGAGACAUAUAAAUGCGAGUUUAGUGUUUGGGGACUACGCUCAGUGUAGGACCUUCGCAACAGGUUCCAAGGACUACUGGUACUGCGCCUUUCGUUUACUAUCAAGCUACUUCUACCAUCCCACCGCGACAUGUCCAAUCGGAAAUGAUCCGGAACGGGGAGCCGUGGUGGACCGCAAGCUGCGCGUCCAUGGAAUCAAGAAUCUGAGGGUCGCCGAUUCUGGAAUAAUCCCGUUUGUGCCAUCCGGCCAUACGAGCGCGCCCGCGGUUAUGAUUGGAGAGAAAGCUUCCGAUAUUAUCAAGCUUGAUUAUAAUAAACCUAUUUCCCCCAUCUCUAACACUGUAAACUGACAAACAUUUUAAUGGUUAAUGGCGAGGUUGUGGAACUCUUCUUUACUAAUUUUGUUGCACUUUAUUACAAUUAAACAAUUCAAAGGUC